CGAGGAAUAAAAAUACAUUUUUGCAAAAUCGUCGACGGCAUCUCCAUCCAGAAAAGAUUAGCGUGAAAUAUUCCACAUUAUUUAAUAUUUAAUUAAAUAUUACGCGGCGGUGUUUUAUUUAUUUUUGUCAUUAAAUCGACAAUUAUAGCGAUUAAUUUACAAAACAACUUGAAUUAAUAUUCCUCUUAUUGUUGUUGUGUUUUAAUUUUUGCUAUUUUUCGCGCGGCACUAGCGUGUAUUGUUACCUGUUCGCUGGUACUAAUUAAUUGCUACUCGUGGCGUAAAUCAAAAUAACUCGUCAAAGUAAAUAGAGACAAUAGUUAGUACGAUUAGCAGAAGCGUUGACAAUUUUCGCAGCGAAAAUUAAAAAACGUAACGAUAGAAAAGCGGUAACGUUCGCGCAAAGCACUCAGUUCGCAUUGCGGCGUCGUCGGUGGCAGCAUCAUUAUCACUUUGACUCGUUUUGAUUUCAACAAAAGUUAACAUCUCACUCAUUCCGCCGACUGCAUAUCUUCAAUUAUCGGCGAAAAAUCACACAUUCUCAAGUGAAAUCUCUUCUUAAGUGCUUAGCUCGGGUGAUACCGUAGUGAUAUUUAGUCGCAUGGCGUCGGUGGAACUGCAGUCUCCGCCACAAGAAGACAAUACAACACAAGUGCAAAUCUCGUACGAGCAGCGCGAAAAAAAGGUUUUCCACCAAAAUACCGAAAUGACAUUCACGGCGGACCGCAUUUCUGAGGACAUUCCGAAAAUCAUUGGUGUCAGUGACAUCACAGAGAAUAAGAAGAUAUGGCGCGCUCUAAUUGGCGAAUUUUUGGGCACCUUCUUCUUGGUCGCCAUCGGUGUUGGCAGUUGCACCGGCGGUGAUGCGUACUCACCAUCGGUGCCACAGAUCGCUUUCUGCUUCGGUUUGGUGGUGGCCACCAUGGCGCUGGGUCUGGGUCAUAUCAGCGGUUGUCACAUUAAUCCAGCCGUAACCGUCGGCUUUCUCGUUGUUGGUGAGAUGAGCAUCUUGAAGAGUGUGCUCUACAUCAUAGCGCAGUUAAUCGGCGCCAUAGCUGGAGCAGCGGUCAUAGUCGCCGCCGUUACUGAGGAGGUAGCCGGCGCCAAUUUGGGUGUGUCUUUAUAUGCUAGCACACUGGAUGCUGGACGCGUAGUACUGAUUGAGGCUUUGAUCACCUUCCUGCUGGUGUUCGUGGUCAAAGCUGUGUGUGAUCCCGGACGCACAGACAUCAAAGGCUCAGCGCCACUCGCUAUCGGUCUCUCCAUCACGGCUGGACACUUGUGUGCUGUCAAAUUGACUGGCUCCAGCAUGAAUCCGGCACGUUCGUUUGGUCCCGCUGUCAUUCAGAACGUAUGGACGGAUCAUUGGGCCUACUGGGUGGGACCGCUCGCCGGUGCCGUUGUUGCCGCCAUCAUUUACCGAUUUGUCUUUAAGGUGCGCAAGGGCGAUGAUGAAGAUCAUUCUUAUGAUUUCUAAACCAUGCCGCACGAGAAUAUAGCUGUACAAUGAGUACAGCAACAAAACGCAGCUAUGUGAGGCACACAACCACAGCAAUACAUACACACGUCUAUAUGCCUCAAAAAUGCAUGUGCUUGCAAAUGACGACGAGCAUUUUUGAUUUUUGUUUUCGACUACUUUUGCCAAUUCAAAUAGUUAUCAGCGGCAUAAGCUAUUAUACAUAACUUACAUACAUACAUGAAUAUGUAUGCACGCACUUGUAUUGAAAAUGAAUAUGAAAAUGUUACGUAUACGCCACACCACCAUUUGUAUUAUGCAUAAUUUUAUUUGUAAUUUUAAUUUUUAGUGAAGUAAGCACCCUAUAUAUGUUUAUAUGUAUAUCGACACUUACAACUCAUAUGCCAAAAGUACAAUCAUUCAUACAAGAAAGUGAGCGCUAACCACCCAGCAGCGCACCACUUCAGCACCCCACUCAUACGCCCGCGAGCACUCAUUCCGAAAUCCACACAUUCCCGCCGCCCAAAGUUGCCACAGUGUGCAAGUAAUUGGCGGCAAACACGAAAAAAGAUUAUUGUAAAUUUUUG